AUGGAGCCCGAGGUCUCGGAGCCCCAGCAGUUCUGGAAUGGUGAGUCGUUAUUCCUUGCCCCGCCAACCCUGCGGACUACCACCGGGACCGGCCUUCAGGGCGAAGGCGGCGCUGUCAUGGAACUUGAAGAGAUUGUCUCGCAGGCUUGUGACACCGAGGAUUCGAUUGACGACGCCCUCAGGGCGUAUCUGAGCUUGACGACGCAGUGCAAAGAUGAAUUUCUCUCUACCGAAUACGACAUCUCGCGCUGUUCGUACAAGCUCUUUGCGUCAACUAUCUUCGGGGCUCAUGCGGAGUACGUCCGCCGACAGAUCAUCUACUGUCUCUUACAGGAAGAUGAUCUGAAAACACUACACUUUAUCGCAUCGUUCCUGCUCUUCGACGGUCGGCAGAAUGAAGCGGCUUUGCAGAUGAUGAAUGAGGAGGGCGUGUUUGCGCGCCUCCUGGAAUUGAUUCAGUCGCUGCGCAGGGACGAUACGGAUGGCGGGGCUGGUCUCCACCGGUUGCUCAUGGACUUGUUAUAUGAGAUGUCGCGAAUUCAGCGAGUCAAGAUUGAGGAUCUGGUACUUGUGGAUGACGAUUUCAUACGGUGUCUCUUCGACAUUAUCGAGGAUUUGUCCUACGAUGUCACGGAUCCGUAUCAUUAUCCUGUGAUCCGAGUGCUGUUGGUGCUCAAUGAGCAGUUUAUGAUCUCGGCUCAUGAUCCAGUUGAUGAGCGGUCGUCUUCUAGUCGGUUGACGAAUAAGGUCAUCAAGGUUCUCUCUGUCCACGGAAGCUUGUACAAGACCUUUGGCGAGAACAUUAUCCUGCUUAUCAACCGCGAAGUCGAGACAUCUCUACAGUUGCUUACCUUGAAGCUGCUUUAUCUGAUCUUUACCACUCCCAGCACCUAUGAAUAUUUCUUUACCAAUGACUUGCAUGUCUUGGUGGAUAUCUUGAUCCGCAACCUCCUGGACUUGCCCGAGGAGGCAUCUGCACUACGACAUACUUAUCUCCGUGUUUUGUACCCGCUGCUGGCACAUACUCAGCUACGACUCCCGCCGUAUUACAAGCGGGAUGAAUUGAGGAGAUUGCUCAGCAUUCUCGGCCGAGGACAAGUCUCGUAUGGAAGCCAGGCCGAGCAAGAAAAGAUCCUCCACUUUGAAGAUGUUGAUGAAACCACACGGCGACUUGUAGGCAGGUGCGCAACGGUGGAUUGGCUACGCAAUGUCGAUAAUCCCGAGAUCACUACUCCAGUCCAUGAGACACCUACCCAGAUUGUCACUGCCACGAUCGAUACAGUCCUCGACGCGACGGUCCAGCAAGACUCGCCGGUUGAAAUGGACUCAAUCGCUGUCACGCGUACAUUAUCUCACAUGAGCUCAAUCCCCGAUUCACCAGGCACGGCAUCACCCACAAGGAUGGACUCUUUAGACUCGCGUGGCUCAUCCGAGGCACCCGACUCGCGACGGAAACUCAGCACCAUCCAUCAACUAGGUAUGCAGUUCGAGCCUGCGUCGGCAUCCACACUCAGCGUGCAAGCCGUCGCGAAUCAGCAUGAAAAGCCCGGCGUCAUCACACCCAGUCGCAAUGAUGGCCGCAGCAUCGACCUGGUCGCGGAAGCUCCCACCAUUCGCGCCCCCAAGAUCAAGCCCGAACCACCGAAAUCCCGGCGCUGGCGCGGGCGUCGUCUCGCCGUCGACGAAGAUGACCAGCACUCCACCGGCACCAGUAGUGAUCGCAACACUAUCCCCGAAGGUGUCGAGAUUAGCCCGACAUCAACGCACACGGCGCCCACCCCACCAGCGCCGACAACUCCUUCCUCCACAACCCCAGAUGCUACCACGGCCAGCACGACCACAGACCGGCCUCUCCCUCCACCACGUCGCUCAUCCCAAACAACUCCAUCAACGAGCCAGCACCGGUCCGUACCAGCCUCAACUGGACCCAGCCCUACUCCGGCCACAAGCGCCGGCACCAGCAUCAACAAGCACGGACAGAAACCCGCGCCGCCCAAAACACGCCGCUGGGGCCGCGGCAAGGCACAGGCUCACGCACACACGGACUCUGUCGAGAGCGGAGUCAGUACCGGGUCUCAGGCGAAAGAGAGCGAUUCAGAGGCCGUGGCUCUGGCUGUAAGUAGCACGACGACUGUGCAGGGUGCCAGCGAGGAUGCCGGAACACUGUCUGAUCCGUUUUCGCCUACGAGUCCGACUAGCCCGACGUUGCUUGUAUCUGCUCCGGAUGGGAAGGAUACUGUGCAGCCGGUAAGUGUUGAGGAAGCAGUGCAGAAUGUUUCGUUGCAUUGA